ACCGGCAACAUCGAACUCCCCGAAAUUGACAGCGAAUACUCCGACGAAGAAGACGACGACGACGUCGCCAAGAAGAAAAAGAACUUCUCUGUUCCCGAGUGGGCCGAAUCCCCUGAACUUCGUCAACUCCUCCGCCGACAACAACGCGUUAACCCGGACGAUAUCUUUGGUCCCAUUAGACCGUUGCAGAUGGAGGAGAUCUUUAGGGGGAAGGGUGGGCAGCCGGCGAGGUUUAGACCGAGGAGUUCGAGUGCGAAUUGGAGUGGGCAGGAUAAGUUGACGAGAGAAGAGGUCGAAGAUUAUGAGAAGACGAUGGGGUAUAAGUGA